AUGGGCCCCUGUACCGCCUCCUCAUGCUGCUGCCAGGCCCGUAAUCUGCCAUGGGCCCCUGUACCGCCUCCUCAUGCUGCUGCCAGGCCCCUAAUCUGCCAUGGGCCCCUGUACCGCCUCCUCAUGCUGCUGCCAGGUCCAGAGUGUGUCAUGGGUCCCUGUACGGCCUCCCAUUGCUGCUGUCUCCAUCGCCACACUCUGCCAUGUGCCACUUUCAGGUCUCCUCACACUGCUGCUGGGUUCCAUUUUGUCAUAGGGUGCUGUAUGGCCUCCCAUUGCUGCUGCCUCCACCGCCACACUGUGGCUCCACACUCUGGUUUUGGCCCCGUGACUGCCCAAAUGAGUGAAGUGUGCGGUGAUUCUAAGAUCGACUGCACUCAUCUGCAUGUCAUACUGACUGACAGUAUUAUUUCUCUUCCCCAGCAGACUCCAAGGGCAUUUAAAUUAAAGGUACAGUGUUCUGCACUAAUAUAA